AUUUUAGAGAGUUCCAGCUCGGCUAAGAACGGUGUGGACGUUGUUGCAUCAUUGAUUAACCAGUAUGGAUAAGGUGGGACAUUAGACACAGAGAACCUCUUACUUUACUGCGAGGCUUUUCUCGUGACAGAUAGAAACGACGGAGGCUUGGGUAAUGGAAAGUACCGGACAAUUCUGGGUUGCUAAGCAAAUAACUGGUAAAGGAUCCUUUUCUGUGAUAAGCAUGUUUGACAUAUUGAAAAAUAAAAUAAGCGGAAUCAAUAUGAACGGUCACCUGAUAACAACCGGAAGUCACGUGUUUGUGUUGACGUCUGUUGGAUUACCGGACUGUCAUUGGUUAACUGCUACACCUGAUCCAAGUUUAUCCGUACUUAAUCCUUUUCUGUUUUCUGACAAUGUUGACAUAGGUGAUACAACACAGUCUCUUUCCAAUAAUGAGAGACAUCACAUCCUGUACAAAUAUCAAGAAAAAGCGCGGGAAUUUAUGUCCAGCGGAACACGAGAGGGGAAGCAUUUAGUUCACUUCAUGAGAAAUUUUAAGCAAAGGUGUGUAUCAGAAAUGGAUCAAUUCAGCCAAAUUUUUAAAGACAUGUGUGAAUCUGAGGUCAAAUUUUAUCUGUGAGUUUACAAGUGCAGCUGCUAAAUAUGCAGAGGAUAUUGUCUUGUCAUUGUGUCAAAACUGACAAUUUCCAAAAAAAAAUUACUUCGGUCCUUAUCAUGAACAUUUAAACAUGUGCUUUAAAAGUAACUAACUUUUACUUUGCAAAAAAGCUAGUUCCUGGUUCGUUUGCAACGAUGUUUUUAAACAAAUAUAAUGCAAAUUCAUGUAGUUUUGACAAGGUUAGUACAUUUCUCAAAUUGAUAACAAGGAUUCUGGUAGCUUGACAUAUAUAAAAAAAUUACAAAAGAAUUUGAAAUUUCA